AGAAAGGAAGUGUGCUGCUGAAUAAAAAUCUGUAUUUGUCCCUUCAAAACCUGGAAUGUGGUCUCUUCUAUAGGCGACUUUAGCUCUGCAAACAAAAUCUAACUCUUCAAAUCUUUAUCCAUUUUUAGUUACUUACCCCUUCCCCACCACUUUCUCUUUCUCUCUCCUCGUCGUCUUCUCCAAAACCACCACUGAUUUUUUCUCCUUAUUCUGAGAAUUAGGGUUUUACAGAAGAGAGAGAAAUUCUUUCCGAAUGUUCCUAAAAUGGAGGUUUUAAACAAACACUUUGAAGAUCACAAUCAUCAACUCGCGCUAAUGGCGGAAGAUGACGUCGACGCUGACGAUUUCAGCGCCGGCGAAGACGCGCAUGUUAGCGUAGCGAUUCCUGGUAAUGUGGAUAGAGGUGAAGUAUUGUGCUCGCCUUCAUCUUCUGUUCCUUCAUCGUUGAUUCGGAGACGAACGAGUGAGCUUACUAUCGCAUUUGAAGGUGAAGUCUAUGUUUUUCCUGCUGUUACUCCUGAUAAGGUGCAAGCUGUUUUAUUACUCUUGGGAGGGUGUGACAUGUCAAGUAGUGUGCCUACAUCAGAGUUCUUACUUCAGCAGCAUAAUAUGACACUAGGUGAUCCUUCAUGUGGCCAAAAAAUCUCUCAUAGGAUUGCAUCUCUGGUUAGAUUUCGAGAAAAGAGGAAGGAAAGGUGCUUUGAUAAGAAAAUUCGUUACACAUGCCGAAAAGAGGUUGCUCAGAGGAUGCAUCGCAAAAAUGGACAAUUUGUCUCAUUGAAAGAUCGCUACAAACUCGCUGCUGCAAACUGGGAUCCUAUAGAUGGUACACCACCUCCAGAAUGUGUCCCACGCAGUUGUCAGAACUGUGGAACAAGUGAGAAGUCUACACCAGCUAUGCGCCGAGGUCCAUCUGGUCCGAGGACUCUUUGCAAUGCUUGUGGGCUAAUGUGGGCUAAUAAGGGAACGCUGAGAGAUCUUUCCAAGGUUGGGAGAAACAUACCAUUUCAGGGUGAUCCGGAUACUCAAAGUGAUGUAAAGCCUCUAGCCAUGGAGCCUGACAUUUCCUAUGCUAAUCAAGAAAUGCAGAGAAGCCCAGAGGAGGCAAAGCCUGUAGCUUCUGAAUCAGGGAAAACCUCAACUAGAGAAAAUGAGCAGGAUUUGCUGGAGAAUGAUGAAGCUAUUACAAAUGAUUCUGCAGGCUCCUUACAGAUUGGAUCAGUGAAUGUCACUGAGCAGGAGGCUCUAGAGGAAGUUACCAAUGAUUCAGGAACAGAAUUUGAGAUUCCUUCAGGCUUUGAUGAUUCAAUGGGAGCUUUCUACUGACUUAACUUAAUAUGAGAAGGCUGCAACACAUUUUUCAUUCACGUUGCGGUAACAAGCACUUCAAAAGUAGUCAGUACAUGUAUAUUAUUAGUAAUUAUACCUCAAAAGCUUACAGGACCGGGAAGCAAAUUUUCCAGGUUGAAUUUUGUCAAGGAUUCAAGAUCGAGCCAGUUGCUUACCUUGUGAAUUUGUUGUUUGUAAAGAGGAGGCUACUUCCCCUCAAUACAAACAUUAGAUUUUAUGUAAAAAGUUAGAAAGCGAAGAUAUGCGUAAGUACAAGGUGUAACCUGUAAGUUACCGAGCUUUUUUGUACAAGUUUUUCAGCUCAAGUUUUUUUGUAGCCUUGCGGUGCAAGGAACAUGUAAUGUAGUGCAAACACUGUACUGUCUUGAA